AUGUCUGCCUCACCCCCACCCGAAGAGCGCGAGAAGGCCGACGCCGACGCCCGCGCAAAGGAGCAGGCCGAGCAGGCCGCCCUGCCCUACAAGUGGGACCAGACCAUCAAGGACCUCGACAUCGCCAUCACCAUUGAUGGCAAGUACAAGGGCAAGGACCUGGAUGUCAAGAUUACCCGCAACGCGCUCAAGGCCGGCAUCAAGGGCCAGGAGCCUUUCAUCGACGGCGAGCUGCCUCAUGCCAUACGCGUUGACGACUCCACCUGGACACUGACCUCCAUCGGGUCCCAGAAAGAGAUCUCCAUCCACCUCGACAAAGUGAACCAGAUGGAGUGGUGGGCCCACGUCGUCACCACAGCGCCCAAGAUCGACACCUCCAAGAUCCAGCCCGAGAACAGCAAGCUGGGCGACCUCGACGGGGAGACACGCGGCAUGGUGGAGAAGAUGAUGUUUGACCAGAAGCAGAAGGAGCUAGGGAAGCCGACGAGCGACGAGCAGAAGAAGGCGGAUAUCCUGGAGCAGUUCAAGAAGCAGCACCCUGAGAUGGACUUUUCAAAUGCGAAAAUGGGAUGA